CAGACGAUAAAACAUUCGAGAAUACAUUUUUUUUGAAUCAAUUCCGAUUUUUUUACAAUUUAAGUAAUGCAGAAAUAUCGGUUAUUGGUAAUAAAAAUCACGUUUCUGUGGAACGAUUAUUAAAUAUAGUUAAAUAUGAUGAAACAGACAUUAAAAAAAAAGUUACAUACGUAGAUAAGUAUCAUUUGAAUUUUUCGAGUGGGACAUAUCUGUUAUUUGUAAAAGCAUAUAUAAAAGAGUUACAUUCGCAUUAUCCAUUGUUAUUUCCUUCGGACGUCCUUUCACCGGAAGAUAUUGUAUUGAUAAAUGAGAAGUUUAACGACGUCGAAUAUCAGCGCUCCACAUUAUUUUUUGUUAAGAAAUAUUUAGUAGAUCAAUAUAUACAAUUUACGUCCGUUUGGAACUUGUAUAGAUUUGAUAUAAAUUUAUAUCUUGAGUACAAAAUCAUCAAUUCAUUGACUUUAAUUGGUAUUAAUUUUAAUGAUUUUAUGCCUAAUAAGAUCGAUGGAGUAAAAAUGACCGCACUUGAAGCGUUUAAAAAAUAUUUCAAAGAAAGUUUGGAUGACAGUUAUAAUAUAGUUAUUAACAUGGAUAUAAACGAGCUCGACGAUUCAAAAAAAACUAUCUAUUAUAAAAGGACUUUAAGGACAGCAAAAAACAUCUUUCGAGCGCACUUUAAAGAAACACAAGCAGAAUCCAUAUCCAGAUUUGUUGAACGAAUGAUCAAUGUAGCUGAGGCUAUAUUGAAUUCGGAUAAAACCAAACAGAUACCCGCCCAACUAAAAAAUGAAUAUAUAUCUUACAAAGAUGUAUGCCCAAAACCAGACAAACCAAAAUCUGAUCAAGAAAGUGUUGAAAUUACGAUUAAAAAUAAUUAUUAUACAUGUGAUAGUACCAGAUGUGACUUGCCAGAUACAGUUAAUUGUAAAGAUGUUUUAAAUUAUAUGAUUGCGCAUUACAAAAAAGAUAUUCACGAGUAUACAAUAAUUAAGGUGGUUCAUUAAAUCAAUUAAAGGCCGAUGACUAAACCUGGCGAAGAAGAGUAUGAUUUCAGAAAUAAGAAGACACGCGUAUUUAAUAAUUAAAUGUAAUUUGUUAUUUUGAUGAUUCGUAAUUAGUACCUAUUAUAAUACUGCACAAUAUAAUAUAAUUAAAUGUAUUAACAUUAGAAUAAAAUAUACGAUUAAGACAUGUGUAUUCAAGCCUAUCAAAAGUCAACAGUAAGCAUAAAAUAUAAAUAUUUAAUAAUUCGAUAUUAUUAUUAACUAUCAUAAACUAUUUAUCCAUUAUAAUAUUUGAUUGCAAUAAAUAAAUGGUAUCUAUAUUAUUGCAUGCAAUUU